AUCUGAACGCGCUCACUAUGUACAGAAAGUAUGUUAUCACGCAAUGUCAGUAUUCGUGAUGAAUCGGAUUCACUUUGCUUAACCAAGGAGAAUCUUAAGCGGAGUAAAGUAGUGGGACAGUUUGACGAAAAAGUUAUUUUACUGACUUGUGAUAUCGAAAUUAAAAUAGAUCGACACUUAGUGGAAGUAUUACAACCAACGAAGAAUACGCGUAAAUAUAUUUUUGGCAUUGAUCAGCACGCAGGACACGAAAGAAUAUUGUUAGAACGCUUUGAAAAUGAGUGUAUUGACUACUUUCACCUCUUUUCAAACGUGAAUAAUAGUGAGCGUGCAUUUUCCAGGGAUGUAUCGAUAAAACUAACGGGAAAAGAUGUUGAUGACAUCUACAGGCACUUGAAACACAAACUGACGAAAUCUUUAAAGCUUUCGAACUACGGCUUUGCAGCUUAUUUUGAGCGCUGCAACAAGCAAAAUAUUAUUCAUGUUACAAAGAUCCCACUUAUGAUUUGUCGCAAAGACGUGACAGAAAAGCUUAUAAUCGAAGUCAUCACAAAGUGCAUACGAACUUUAGUGGCGGAUGGAGGCAAAUCCCAUGGCGAAAAAGUGCAUAAUAUAAUGCAAGCAAUUUAUCCUAUUUUGCAAUCUCGAGCCUGCCACUCAGCUAUUCGUUUUGGAAGCAAGCUCAAUAAAAACCAAAUGAAGUUGCUCAUCUCCCAACUUUCAGAAUGUCGUCUACCCUUCCAGUGUGCACACGGACGUCCAACAUGUGCUUUGAUUAAAAUAAUUGAGUAAGAACUGUGUUAGGUUUCCAAUGUAAUUUAUAUAGUUUAGAAAUAAAUUUGUGAAUCAA